UCAACUGUCUCAGCGAGAGUUGUGAAGCGGGUCAGUCACCGAGAACUUUGCAGAAAGUGUUCUGUACUUCUCUUCAUGCGGCGUUUAAGUGAAUGCUGAGCGGCUCUGACGCCUCUGGCGGAUAACAAGCGGGAAUCCUGAAUCACCUGGAAAAUCUGGAGAGUUAGAAUUCAGAAGUCCUCUAGAGUCACAAAUCUACCUUUAAAUGGCCUGAAACUGGUUAGGUAUGCUGCAGAUCCACAUCCAGGUUCAGACAGACCCAGCACCCACAGGGACACGCAUGGCCUUGUAAGCUGUGGCGGCAACCGUACUAUCAGGGAAAUUCCUGAGUCCCCCCAGGGUCACCUAUCUGCUGGGUUCUCUAUCUGCUGCCGCAGGGAGACAAAGGACAAAGGAAGACACCACAGGCAGACGCGAUGGCCACUGAAGGAACCCAGACACAGGCUGGGCCCGCAGUACUGGCAAAGUCUGCGUCACCUCUGUCCACUGGGAGCAGACCAAGCAGAGAAGCCAAACAUGCAAAUAAUGGCCAGGAAAUGUGGCAAGACUCUGACCAAAUGUGUCAUUCAAAACUCCUCUUAUGUAGGAAGUCAUCGUGUGACAGUGGGAAAGGCACUGUUUUGGGCAAAGAAUAUGAGUGGCACGAUUACAGCUCAGCGAUCAUAAGCAAUAAGGAGAAACCUUAUCCAGAGCUGUCCACUGGCAAGAAAAUUGAAGGAAUGACUCCAGUACUUAGGAAAAGUUCAGAGGAAUCUCUGUGCCAGCUGGACACCACUGGAGGCAGCGUGGAUGCAGGCACUAACAGAUCUGCCAGCACCCACUACUUCUGUACCCAGUCUAGCCGUUACACAAAUGCAAACACCUACAGUUGCCGCAGUGCUAGAUCCAGUCCAAGCCCCGGCUCCAGUCCUGUUCACAGUCCUUGCCUCAGCUCCAGGGCUUCUUGCCCCAAAUACAGACACAUCCGGCGUGGCAGCCUACCUGUGUCUAUGCUGGCUUUCCACAAGACUUCGCCCUACCUCUCAUCUCGGGGCAGUUCCUCGAGCGAACCAAGCUCUUUGACAUCAUCUCCAUCUAGUUCUCCUCUCCUCAUCCACCGUGAGUGUCACCAAAAUGGCCACUUCCAUCAACACCGCCUCAAAGAUGGGUACUCGAGUUUAGAGGGCCUCAACAGAAAGCCCCGGGUUAACAAAUGCCAUUUGGAGAAACUUUUCCUUCAACAGGCUUCUCUUGAAACCAUGGCAUCAGACACUGGCGAUGAUGAGAGGUCACGUGCAGAAGAGACGAGGAGGUGCAGCCAGGAGAGCAGCAGUGAUGAGGGGGAUGUAGAGGUGCACUCUGAUAAUUCAGAGUUUAUUCGGAACCGUAAAGAGCGCUCAACUGUCCUGGUGAGGCGGUUCUUGAGGAAUAAUCAGAAGGUGACCAAGUCAGUGUGCACUGGCACCAGAGCGAUUGUCAGAACACUGCCAUCAGGACGCAUCUCAGAAGAUGUCUGGACUGUGGUUGUUGAUCACAGAUGUUGGACUUCCACUAAGAAAGAUCUAUGGCCUAACAUAAAGCGUGGUGUGGGAGAAGACUUCAGAAGCUGCAAAGAGAUGCUUCGCUUUGCUGCAGUUAAGCUGCAUCAGGUUAACAACUAUGUGGAGGAAAGAGAGGAAAUCAACCUGAUUCAUCCUGCUAAAAAGCUCCUAUUGUUGUGCCCUGGAAGUGUCUGUCUCAGGGAGUCUCUCUGGCCCUACAUUAAUACCCAUCCAUCUUAUCCACACAGGUUUUAUCGUGCUUGUAGCCAGAAGACAACAUUGUGUUCCCUGCUAACUGGAGCACUGCUGGAGGCCACGCUCUCUCUCGGUGCUCGCUCCGCACUCCUUUACCCGUUGCCCCAGUGCCCCAACAGCCACGCUGUGUUGAAAGAGCGUCAGCUGGCCAACAGCAUGACCAGCAGCAGCACUCUUCCUCCCAGUGUAAGCGGGAUCAGCAAGGAGCUGGCAGAGCUGCGCCACCUUGUUCAGUUUCCCGAGGAGAUCGCCUGCAUCCUCACAGAGCAAGAGCAGCAGCUUUACCAGCAGGCCUUCCCUUUGGACUACCUCUAUUUCCUCACUCGAGACCUGGGCAGUCCCGAGUGUCAAACUAAACGCCACCCAAACCUCAAGGCUUCACUGUCAGCGCCUUCCAUGCCUACUCAGCGAAGCAAUGCUGUGGAGGAACUGGUGGCACGAUUCAACGAGGUGAGUUCGUGGGUGACGUGGCUGGUACUGACUGCAGGGUCCAUGGAGGAGAAGAGAGAAGUUUUCUCAUAUCUGGUCCAUGUUGCUAAAAGCUGUUGGAACAUGGGAAACUACAAUGGUGUCAUGGAGUUCCUGGCUGGACUCAGGUCUCGCAAGGUGCUGAAGAUGUGGCAGUUUAUGGACCAGUCCGACAUCGAGACCAUGAGAAGUUUAAAGGAUGCCAUGGCUCAGCAUGAGUCUUCUUCUGAGUACAAGAAGGUUGUGACCAGAGCUCUUAAUAUCCCAGGAUGCAAGGUGGUGCCAUUCUGUGGGGUUUUUCUAAAGGAACUAAGUGAUGCACUGGAUGGCACAGCAAGCAUCAUCAGCCUCAAACCAUCUCCAGAUAACACAGAAUACUCGAUAGAGUUUGUGUCUGACUACAGUGGCCAGCGCAAUUACUUGUCACGAUCUGGGCCAGAUGGGCUCCAUGUCCCAGAGAAGGAAGCUACUGUCAGCAACAUCCUCCAGAUUAUCAGAUCUUGUAACAGGAGUUUAGAGGCAGAAGAUCCUGAUGAAGCAUCUACCAGUCCCUCUUCUACUGGCCCAUCACCUGCAUCCAGAAACAACUCCUUUAAGGACCGCAGCCACAAUCAAUUCACGGUUGGAGACUUGUCGGAUUCAGAAGGUGACUUGUCCUCUGAGCCAGUGGUGAAAGACGUGGAGUUCCAGGGGACCGAGGAGACGCACAGAGCAUUUAGCCAUGGCACGGAGCUCAUUCCCUGGUAUGUGCUGUCACUGCAACCAGAUAUUCACCAGUUUUUGCUGCAGGGGGCUACGGUCAUUCAUUAUGACCAGGAUAGCCACCUCAGUGCUCGCUGUCUGCUGCGUCUACAGCCCGAUAACACAACACUCACUUGGGGUAAACCUCAAAGUGGAGGCACUUCUCCCACAGAACAUCCACUGGGAUUAGGGCAGCCUGUAGUAGCAGGCCUAGCAGAAGGCCUGCUGGACCUGGGAAUAGUAAAGGCAGUUUUUCUGGGUCAUCAGGGUGUCGAUGUCCAUGCCGUAUGUUUGCAAAACAAGCUGAGCCAGAUGACAGUGGAGGAGAAUGGUCUCAGCCUUCUCUAUGGUCUGAGCACCACAGACAAUCGACUUCUGCACUUUGUGGCCCCUGAUCACACGGCACAAAUGCUCUACAAGGGCCUGUCAGAGCUGGUGAAUGCAAGCAGGAAAUUAAAGAAGUUUCCCGACCAAAGGUUGCAGUGGCUGAGGAGGCAGUAUGCUAGUUUGUAUCAGGAGGAUGGCAGGUAUGAAGGCCCUACGCUGGCCCAGGCCAUUGAGCUUUUUGGGGGUCGGAGGUGGAAUAUGGGUACGGGUGGUGGGGACAAAGUCGGAGCCCAGAAAAACAACCCUCUGUCAAACGAAAAGGCCAAGAAGAAGAAGAAGGUUCUUGUCAGGGGAGACAGUGGGGAGGCAACCGAUGACGAGAUGGUUUCUAGGAAAACGCGGAGCUGUAAAGAAGGACUGUAUCGAAACGGGCCCGAGUCUGACAGCAUCGACCAAGAAGAUCCAGAAGACAGCUUCCUCGGCCCGUUCUCCCUCUCAUCCAGUAAAAGCCCUGGGUUGCUAGCCUCUUCCUCUUCUUCCUCCUCUUCCUCCAGCAUGGCAGGAUCCAAUCAGUCCCGGCCGCAGUCUUCUCCAAUCCUUUCGGGAAAUGUUAAGUCCCAGCCAGGGGCAUGGAGCAGCAGAUCAUGGCACGGUCGGGGUAAAGGCUGUUUCAGAGGCUUUCAGAAUCUCAUGAUUUCUGACAGCACAAUGAGCUUCGUUGAAUUUGUUGAGCUUUUCAAAUCAUUCAGUAUCCGAAGCAGGAAGGAUCUGAAGGAGCUGUUUGACACCUUCGCUGUCCCCUGCAGUCGCUCAAGUCCAGAAUCAUGUCCUGUUUACACCAACCUCAGGAUAGACGACAAAGACACAGGACUGCAGCCAGAGCUUGACUUACUAACCCGUAAUGGAUCAGAUCUUGGCCUGUUUAUCCGGACGAGGCAGCAGAUGUCUGACAACCAGAAGCAGAUUUCAGAUGCCAUCGCAGCAGCCAGCAUUGUGACCAAUGGCACGGGGGUGGAGAACGCAUCGUUAGGCGUCUUGGGAUUGGCUAUCCCUCAGCUCAAUGACUUUUUAGUUAAUUGUCAGAGGGAGCACCUAAGCUACGAUGAGAUUCUCAGCAUUAUACAGAAAUUUGAGCCUUCAUCAACAAUGAGACAAAUGGGUUGGAUGUCAUUUGAAGGUUUUGCCAGGUUCCUGAUGGACAAGGACAACUUUGCUUCACGUAAUGAGGAAUCUCAGAUGAAUCCAGAGGAGCUUCAGUACCCUCUGUCUUACUACUACAUUGAGUCUUCUCAUAACACAUAUCUGACUGGGCACCAGCUCAAAGGAGAGUCCUCUGUUGAGCUCUACAGUCACGUGCUGCUGCAAGGCUGUAGGAGUGUCGAGUUAGACUGUUGGGACGGAGAUGACGGCAUGCCUGUUAUUUACCAUGGCCACACACUCACCACUAAGAUACCCUUUAAGGAUGUGGUGGAAGCAAUUAACCGGUCUGCAUUUGUCAAUUCUGAUAUGCCCGUCAUCCUGUCCAUAGAGAACCACUGCUCCCUCCCACAGCAACGUAAAAUGGCCGAAAUCUUCAAGACGGUUUUUGGCGAACGGCUUGUGACACGCUUCCUUUUUGAAAGCGACUUCAGCGAUGACCCUCAUUUACCGUCGCCGCUGCAGCUGCGAGGGAGGAUACUCCUCAAGAACAAGAAGCUCAAAGCCCACCAGGCACCAGUGGACAUACUCAAGCAGAAGGCUCACCAGCUCGCCCACAUGCAAGCCCAAGCAAGCAACGGGUUUCCAGGAGUUACUUCACCCAACAACCAUGCCAAUGAGGAAGAUGAAGAAGAAGAAGACGACUAUGACUAUGACUAUGAGUCUCUAUCGGACGCUGAUGGCCUCGCAGCCUCUACUGCCUCGUUUGGUCUUGAAGAUAACAUCCUGGAUGACAAGCCAGAAGGCAAGAGCUCAGCAGACAAAGAAGAGCAACCUGCUGAUGAAAUACCCAAAAGGAUGAAGAAAGCUGAUAGCACUUCGCAGAGCAAAGGAAAGGUUGUUGACAUGGAGCUUGGCGAGGAGUUCUACCUUCCCCAGAAGAAGGAGAGCCGACAGAUAGCCCAGGAGCUGUCCGACCUCGUCAUCUACUGCCAGGCGGUGAAAUUCCCUGGCCUUUCUACUCUGUCUCCAGCUGGCUCUAGCAGAGGGAAGGAUCGAGGAAAGUGCAGGAAGUCCAUAUUUGGCACGGCUCCUUCUCGCAGCAGCGCAGUUGGGGAGGCCACGACCCAGAGCCGCACCCCCGGGAAAGGUGGCUCUGAGCGGCUCAGCUGGGAAGAUCAGCAAACGUCUCCUGUCCUCAAUCCCCCCACCUCACUCAGCGCCAUCAUCCGCACACCAAAGUGUUACCACAUCUCCUCUGUAAAUGAGAAUGCCGCCAAGCGCCUGUGCCGCCGCUACUCUCAAAAGCUCAUCCAGCACACAGAGUGCCAGCUGCUCAGAACCUACCCGGCGGCCACCAGGAUAGACUCAACAAACCCGAACCCUCUGCUUUUCUGGCAGCAUGGGAUUCAGCUGGUGGCACUCAAUUAUCAGACUGAUGACCUGCCCAUGCAGUUGAACACAGCGCUGUUUGAGGCCAAUGGCGGAUGUGGCUACCUACUGAAGCCAGCAGUGUUAUGGGAUCGUAGCUGUCCACUUUAUCAGCAGUUCUGUCCGAUGGAGCGGGAUGUGGAGAAAAUGAGCCCUGCUGUCUACUCCCUCACAAUUGUCUCUGGUCAGAACGUUUGUCCGAGUAACAGUGCUGGCAGCCCCUGCAUUGAGUUGGAUGUUUUGGGCAUUCCCAUCGACAGCUGCCACUUCCGCACCAAACCAAUCCACCGCAACACCCUCAACCCCAUGUGGAACGAACACUUUCAGUUCACUGUGCAUUUUGAAGAGAUGUGUUUCCUGCGACUUGCCGUGGUGGAGAACAACAGUUCUCAGAUUACAGCUCAGAGGACUCUGCCACUGAAAGCCCUCAAACCAGGUUACAGACAUGUACAGUUAAGAACACAGCACAACGAGCCUCUUGAAGUGUCCAGCUUAUUUAUCUACAGCCACAGAACAGAGGAAGGUCCAGCAGGGGGCGCUGUUGCCUCAUCUUUGCUAUUCAGUUCUGAGGAGAAGCAUGCUACCCAGCAGCACAGGGUGACAGUGCACGGUGCUCCUGGUCCUGAACCCUUCACAGUUUUUUCUGUUACGGAGCAGACCACUGCCAAACAGCUGCUGGACGUGGUUGUGGCCUCAUCAGGAAACCCAUCAGAAUACUUCUUGUGUGAAGAGAAGGUUCCUCUGUUGAAGGAGCGCAGCGAGGUGAAGCGCUGCCCUCAGCAUCGAGCUCUAGCACCUGAAGAGGAGGUGGCCAGGGUGGUCUCUAGCUGGAACACUGAGGAGGGAUAUGUGAGGAGACUCUGCCUCAAAACGAGAGAGGAGAACUUGAAUGAGAAAAACACGGUGGUGGAAGGAGAGGAGGAGAUGACUGUGGGAGGCAGAGAUGGAGCAGGAGGAAGUGGGGGAGGAGGAGGAGGAGGAGAGGAUGAUACGUUCUUCGUCCAGGUCCAUGAAGUUUCACCAGAACAGCCUCACACUGUAAUCAAAGCUCCACGCUACAGCACAGCUCAGGACAUCAUACAGCAGACCCUGUCAAAGGCUAAGUAUUCUUACAGUAUCCUAUGUAAUCCCAAUCCAUGUGACUACGUGUUGAUGGAGGAAGUGGCCAAGGAUGUUGGCUCAUCCAAGAAGUCCUCAUCCACCAAGCCUCUUCAGCGAGUGCUGCUGGAUCACGAGUGCGUCUUCCAAGCUCAGAGCCGCUGGCGGGGCGCGGGGAAGUUUAUUCUUAAACUGAAAGAGCAGAUGGUGAGGGAGGACAAAAAGAAAGUUAUUUCCUUUGCCAGUGAGCUCAAGAAGCUGACUAGUCGCAGCCGCAGCAUGACGACGGGCGGCGGAGUGGAUGGCCCUGCCCAGAGGUACCUGUCUGCAGCUGCGGGUCUGAGGGCAUGGGUGGCAGAGGGCAGGGUGGGGGCUGGAAGGUUUCUACAGGCCUCCUCCAACUCUUUUAGAGGGGAGAUCCUAUCUGUCCACCUUCCCACCUCUUCUCUGACCUCCUCCGCCUGGAAGCUUUACCUCCUCAGGAACUGGAAGAUCUACAGAUGAGUUCCGGAGACAGAUACUUGCGCUGACUACUGCUUAACUCGGAGGAUUCCUUUUUUCAUGAGGUGUUUCAGUGUAUGUCUCGUGUUGUCGAGUGCUGGGAUACCCUCCUCUCAAAGUCUUGAAGGAGUAUGACCUUGCCUUGUGUUAACUGAGCAUGUGACAGGACAGGAUUCAGUCCGGGCUCCGUUAUUGGGUUAGGUGACAGAUGAUGAGCCCUUUUGUUUGGUUGACUGAUAAACAGGAGAUUGGAGAGCCCGCCCAUUGUCACUUAAGAGCUGUGAUGGCCUUGUGGGUUGGUAGCUCAGCUCCUCUUGGGGCAGGUGUUUUUAUUGAAGUCCUGAGGGUAUCCCCUCCUAUUUGAAAUGAAUAAGAGGGGAAUAAAAUAUUUCCCUGAGUCACAUUCAGAGAAUAAAGCUUGGUAUACGUUUGCUUUAAUGGCUGCUAAAUGGCCAUUAGAUUUGUUGAAAUAGAGUAAAACACAAACUAUGGAGUGUUUAUUUUCCUUUUUAUAGUUCAAGGAUGAUUAUGGCUCCACAAAAUGGCUAAGUGGCCUGUGCACUAUCAUUGUUUGAAUAAAUCUUUUGUAAACAAGUAAACUACCCCCUUUGCUAGUACACAGAAGAGAUGUAGGAGAGUACAAGGGCCAAGAGGGUGAAAUGGUAUUGUUCUUGCUUCCUCAGGUAUGGGAUCAUUUGGUUGAGGGCAUUGUGAAGGAGGCUGACAAGCUGGCUUGUUUGGUUCUUUUCUUACUGUUCCAGUUUCACAGUACUGUAAGAGCACAUUUUGGGGCAGUGCAGAUGGGCAAAGCUCACAGAGAGAGGCAACAAAAGUGAGGGAACCCAAUCAGAGAUUUCUAUUCUGUUUUGAUAUUGUAAAAUGGAAGCAUCACAGCUUCAAGCAGUUUAUUGGACACUACCGUAUUUGCCCUAAAGGUGAUGAUAUAUAAGAAGCAUUUUAAGACAUUGUAGGCACACACUAUUAUGUUUGGCAAAUGUGGAGCAACUUUUGUUUUGGUAAAGUUGUCCUAUGUUGGUUUCAGCUGUUGCAACACUGCCUCCAGCAUUUGAUCAUUUUGUAGCUGUAUCUUUGAUGAUCUGCUUGGAUAAACGAAGUAUCUUAGCGCUCAUAUCGUUGUGCACGAAUAAUGAGUCAGCCACUUCUCAUCUUUCCAGACAAAGUUUAAAAAUAUAGAUAGAAAUGGUAACAAAUGGGACAGUGCAUUUUGAAUGGUGUGAAUAUAAUGGUAGUUAAUUCCAGCUUUCAUUACUUUAAAGAUUACCAAAUGUGAAAGCAUCUAUGUUGGACCUGAUAUAAACUUAGCACAAAAAGUAAGGACGUUUGUGUUUGGUCGAUUAUUUCUUCGCUGUAUUGAUGCUUCUUGGCAAUAAGUCUUAUACUGUUGGAAAGCCUGUUUAUUUCCCUUUAAAUGGUGCCACAUUUGUAUGGAAAAUGCAUUUGUGGGUUGAACAGCAGAUUAAUGCUGGUUCUGCUCAUGAAAAACUUGCCAAAUCUUCAAUCUUCAAUAACAGAAUGAGCUGUUUGGCAGAGAAGAUCCUGGCAGGUUUGUUGUGGGCGCAACCCACAGACUCAACCCUACUGCUUAACCCACAAAUGCAUUUUCUUUACAAUUGUGGCACCAUUUAGGGGGAAAUAAACAGGCUUUCCACCAGAAUAAGAUUUAUUGUCAUAAUGCAUUGUUACAACAAAGACAUAAUCAAGCACAAAUUCCUAUACUUUUUUUGUUAUUAUUGAGUAUUUCCUACACCACUUUAUUGGUACAAUGAUGAUUAUAGCUCUAAGAUCCUUUAGAAGAACAUCCUGGUCUUCUUCAAACUGCAUUUUGCACAUUUUGUUUUCCUUUUGCUGUUGUCAUUAGUGUUUUUGUGUUACUGUCUAAUUAGAGACGGUGACUUGAUUGUUAUGUCAUUCUAUUUAUUGCUUUCGAUUUCAGCCCAGUUGCAAAUUAAGUUUUAAAGAAAGCACAAGUAGAUUUUCGGGGGGGAGGUUUUGUCAGACUUGGUAUUCCCCACACAGAAUUGAAUGUUAUUAAAUUAAUUCAUUGAUUUUAAUUUCUUUAAUUUAUUGAUCUGUACUUACGAUCCUUGAUUUUGAAAGCAGCAUCUUUAUAGAUAUUUAAUGUAAGUAAUGACUGUAGAUUUUUUUUUUUUUUUAAAGGUUUUCUAUUUUUUCUGCACAUCAAAAUUUACAUUCAGAAUUCAUUUGGAGCCACUUUCCCCUUUUCUGUCUUUUGAUAAGUUAUAUAUUUUAAGACUUGUAAUAACAUCAUUUUGUUUCCUCCCUUUUUGUGUAAUCGUCCCAAUCCAUGAGGACUUUACCAAAUAUACCGAAAAAAAUGAAUACCAUUAAGAUGUAAAACUUUUGGUUAUGACAGAAAAAAGAGCCUCGAUACAAAAUCCAGUCCAUCAACAAGACUAAUUUAAUGUAAAGAAUGUACACAGUUGCUGUACUCUAAUGUAUGUUUAAUCUUACAUAAUUUCUUUCUCACAAAAAGUCACUCAGAAAAUCACCUCUGAGAGUUCCUUAACAAAAAAGGUGUUUCAAUCCAUUCCUGCUAAAUCAAUUUUAGGCUAAAAAUAAAUAAAUCCGACUUUUAUAAAUAAGUCAUCUUUUCCAUUUUUACCCAUAUUCCAACACGCGAUAAAUUUAACAAACUAGAUUUGUUUAAAGAAGCUUUUUAAAACAUUGUUUGUUUUUAAGUAAGAGAAAAAAAUGCUUAGUGCCAAGUAACGAGUUAGAAUUUUAGUGCAAUAGUGAAGAUCUGUCAUUCUUCAUCUUUUUAAUACUCACAAAUGAGCGACGUGUUCCACUUUAACUCAUAUUUUCAACGUUUGACCGUGAAUUAAUGGGUUAAAUUUUACCUAAUUAAUAUUAUUCACGUGCACAGAUUAUGUUUUGCUCAGCAUAAGGCCGUAGGAUGGGGCCUAAGGCUUAUGAUAUUUAAGGUAGAUGAGACUCUGAUCCCAGAAACCACUACUCUGCAUCAAUGAUAAUUAAGCUGUAAUCCUUUAAUGCAGUCAGGCUUUUGUUACUAUAACUGUUUCUCAUUUAAACUUAGGGGGAAAAAGCCAUUCCAUGAAGCAAAAACGAAUCCUUCAUAAAAUGGUCAUUACAACUACACGCCUGAUGAAAGUGAUAUCAGCUAUAGUGUGUGUGUGAAAUGCACAGGAAGGGACAUUUUCAGUUAUAAAUCUAUGAGCUAUCACACCUUCAGAUCUCGUUUCCUUUUUUCCUAACCCGUAGACCUCGUUUCUGAAUGUAACAGUUCUUAACCUGAGACAAAUGUGUGUGUUUGAAGUUAUUUAUUUUAAUGUGAAGCCCUGGUUGGCAUUUGUGUUGUUUGUGUAAGUUCCUGUAAGUAGUUUUACGUGUUUAUUUAUUUCAGUACGUCAGAGGGUGAAUUCUACUGCCCUGACUUUACUCAAACUUAUUUAGAUAUGUAAAGAAAUAUUUUACUGUAAAAUAUUUAGUGUACUAUUCAUACUUAUGGCAUGUUAUUCUGCAGUACACAACAGCAUUUUUAAAUGCAUUUUAUUUUCCAUAAAUGUGGACUAAAUCUGACAAUUUGAGACUUUAUUUUACAUUUUGGUAUAUUCAUUAUAUCCACAUGUAUGCUGCCAGCUAUGUUUUCAUCAUUAGCACUUUCCAUAAGAGGUCCACUAUACACUUUAACAUCCACUCUCUGUGUUAUGCCAUGACUGUCAAGCGAACAUUUGUCUAUUUACUUGAAUCUUUAAAUGGAUGAUAAUCGGUGGAUUUAUUUGUCAUGUCUCACAAUAAAAAUGCAAAAUACUUUA